GUGCCCUCGGCGCAGCCCCCGAAAAGCUUGCCUUUUGGAGCGCUGGAGCAAAGUUGCUUGGUGCCUUUUGGGCUCCUGUGCAUGCUAGCAGCGAGGACAACUGGGGUGCCAUCCCUGCCAUGCAGCCUGGACCGGGGUCGGGGCUUCAGUGUCCCAGCACCCGCUGACAGCCUCUGGGGACGUGCGCAUCCUCACGCCCACUUAUCUUCCUGUCACUGGGACGUAGAGGCGGGAGACUUUUUUUUUUUUUCCCUCCCUCUAAAGCUGUAAAGCCGUUGAGAUCGGUGUCUAAACUUCCUUGACAAAUCCGUUGCAGGCAGCAGAAUUGUAGAAUCAGACAAGAUGAGACAAGUGACUGCCCUAGGCUACAGGAUCAGCGAUGUGGCCUGACAACCCGCUGGGCUUUCUCACGAGAUUUCCUUCCUCACUAUGUGUUGGACUUGGCCAGAUGGUGGCCACAGUGGCAGUGCUCUGGGUGGGAAAGGCGCUCAGAGUAGUCAAGUUUCCUGACUUUGACAGAAAUGUACCUCGAAAGACGUUUCCACUACCUCUACUAUAUUUUGGGAACCAAAUCACGGGACUGUUCAGCACAAAGAAACUGAACUUGCCAAUGUUUACAGUUCUGAGAAGGUUCUCUAUCCUGUUUACAAUGUUUGCUGAAGGAGUUUUACUCAAGAAGACUUUUUCAUGGGGUAUUAAAAUGACUGUAUUUGCAAUGAUUAUUGGAGCCUUUGUAGCUGCCAGCUCCGACUUGGCAUUUGAUCUGGAAGGAUAUGUUUUUAUUCUGAUAAAUGAUGUCCUGACAGCAGCAAAUGGUGCAUAUGUAAAACAAAAAUUAGAUUCAAAAGAGCUGGGAAAAUAUGGCCUGCUCUAUUACAACGCACUGUUCAUGAUUCUGCCAACCCUAGCCAUUGCAUAUGUCACAGGAGAUGCACAAAAGGCGAUGGAGUUUGAAGGCUGGGCUGACACCCUCUUUCUUCUGCAGUUCACCCUCUCCUGUGUUAUGGGGUUUAUCUUGAUGUACGCCACAGUGCUCUGCACUCAGUAUAAUUCUGCUCUUACAACUACAAUAGUUGGCUGCAUUAAGAAUAUAUUGAUAACUUAUAUUGGAAUGGUCUUUGGUGGAGAUUAUAUUUUCACAUGGACAAACUUCAUUGGCUUAAAUAUCAGUAUUGCCGGGAGCCUGGUGUAUUCCUACAUCACUUUCACUGAAGAGCAGCUGAACAAGCAAUCAGAAGCCAGUAACAAGCUGGACAUUAAGGGGAAGGGAGCAGUGUAACCAGAGGAUUGCUUCAAUGACAUAGGCCCGAGGCGUUGUUCAACUUGGAACACUGGCAUUUCCUAUGCAGAGACUGAGGUGUCUUGAUUAUGAAGAAAAUUCCAUUCCUUUGCACUUGCACAAUCCAAGGAUUGAUGGCUGCCUUUUAAAUUUUAUGAGAGAAACUUAUAAUUGACUAUUUUAAAUAUGCUGUGUGAAUUAAUUUAUAUCAGACUGGAAAAUGUACUGGGCUUUUUAAUUUAUUUUUCUUUUAUGCCGACAACAAAACAUCAGUGUUUUUAAAAUAUUUUUUUCUAUAGUUUGAUAUCCAGGUGUCCCUGAGAGCUGCAAAUAAUGUGCUCCAACCAGAGCCUGUCAGUCAUUGCUGUGUCUGGAGGCAAUUUAGCCUUUCUUCACUGGAAAUGCAGCUGAAUAUCUGCAAUACUCUUUGAAUGUUAUUUGUUAUGAUUGCAUUGUCGUCGUAAUAUCAUCACUACAUUUGCCAAAGACAACAACUUUGGCACUAAAAAAAAAUAUGUAGGGUUUUGAAGUGUAUUGUUUCUGCGUUGGCUUCUCUGAGAACUCUUGGGAUGAGCAGUGUGUUCCUUGAAAUUAUGUUGUUCUCUCUCUGUUGUGUAGGACGGGGAUAAUGGGAGGGUAGAGGAAGUAGGCCUUGUGCUCCUUUAUUCAUGACUCAUUCAGCUGAAAUCUAUUGAGUGUAUGUGCAAAGGUUUUUGUUAAGUGCUGAGGAUUCUGAGUAUUUGGGGGGAUAGUUGGAAGAUUUCACUCCUGCCACAGUUACUAAAAUGAGAUGGAGAACUCAGCUCUGUCAGUCCAUUCAGAAGACAUUGUAACUAUGGGUGAGUGUGACAGCUCUCAGAAACCAAAUCUGUAAGUGAAUUGGAAGCACCUGCCUUUGCUACACACAACGGUUAGGUCCAAAUUUUGCAGUGUGAGAUGAAGUGCAUGUGAAGAACUGCAUUUUGUGAACCUCUGCAGCCUUUCCUAUGAAUAAGAAUGGCAGACAGUCAAGGAGACCACCUUUUGUUUCUCCACGGCUCCCUCUUCUGGGUUUGGUUGCUACUCUUUUUUUUAUCCAUUUUUGGAUCAAUCUGAUGAGGUCCCACAUUUCUGAACUUAUUGGUUGAGGGAAAAGACUGGUUAGACAUUUUACCUGGUCAAGGCUUGUUCUUUCUCUAGCAGUGUCGGUGUGAGUGCUAUCAUCUCUCUUCCUUCUCAGAUGGCACGAGCAUUGAGUAGUUCCCUUCCAUUGGGCACCCCCACUUAAGCCUGUGCCUCUUGGCUCAUUUAAUGAGCUUGCUAGCUUCUCUCAAGACCCGUGCUAUAACCUAGGAGAGCAGCCAUGAAUUGCCAUUCCCCGAAUUGCUUCUUAGGAGGAUGUUAAACUGUCCUGUGACUUAGCUCAGAGAUACCUAUUGAUUUUUGUGGAAUAAGUGUGUUUGCUGAGGCUAGUUGUGCAGUCAGUGUACAAGAGGCUGGAUACCUUUACAUUGGUACGCAUGUUAGCUUCUAUUUCAUUGGGUUUGGAAUUCACUGGGUUCUGUUGGCCAAACCAACUAAUAGUUUGGUCUCAACAGGAGGCCAGGAGAAUUUUGUUUUGUUUCUUUUUUUUUUUUUUUUUUCACUUGAAAAAUUAUACUGAGGUCAUUUUCAUAUUUAUGUUUUUCCCUGGUGUUGGUUUGUCUGUAUUAAGCCUGGCCAAUGGCACUGUGUUCCUAGAAUUAGCCCUGCAGCCACCACCCAAGUCAGUAAGCUCCAUGUCAGAGCCUUAUGCUUUUUUCUUUUUCUCUCUUUUUUUUUUUUAAGCAUCAUCUGACAUGAGAAGAUUCCAGUGGGAGAAUCUUGUGUCAGAUGGGUCUUACUAUUCCUCUUUUACCAAUGAGAAAACAAGACUCAGAGAAAGUAGAUGACUUGCUAGUAAGUGGAAAUCCAUGUUCUUUCCAUUGAACCAUGUUGCUAUUUGAUUAACCAGUUGCCCUUCGCCUCUAAGGGAGUAAGGAAAUAGAGGUGCUAGCCUAGUUAACUCAAGCUCUUUCAAAGAAGCAAGCAAUCUACUGAAUUUGCGGUCAGAGAAGAACAUCAGGAAGAGUGACAGAUCACUAUCCUGGAGCCCUUACCUGGCUUCCAGGCUGACUUCCACUGAGAUGUCCUCUGCCUGUGAAGGUUGCUGACAGGUUUUGCCUGGAUAUACUGGAAGGGCACAGUGAGAUCUAGUUUUAGCAAUCCCAUUCCUUCUGUCAGCCACAAAAAGGAGGGAACUUAGACAUUAGAAAUAAUUUGUAUUGUAAAAUUUCUUGUCACGAAAGGCCUUUGGAUAUGUUUAAGAGGCUUUGAACUAAAGUUCCACUAGGGCUUGAACCUAGGGGUCGUGUUCCCUUGGAAGUCUGUCACCUCUCCAGGUUUAUUUUAGAAAAUCACGUAUGUAUGUGCCAGGCUUCUCUACCAUAGGACCCUGGCCUCUGGCUGAUCAGAGCAGUACAGCAACUUAGAACUUUUCCUUGUCCAUUACUUGAUUCCUGGAUGCCUCCUUCAGCUGCCUCCAACAUUUCAAGCUAAGAGAGAAAGCCUGGGUAAGUUGGAGAUUGAGUAAACUGGCCACCAGUUUUGUAGUUUGGGCGAUUAUUUGCAGUUGUGGUGCAAUACAUGAGAUAUUUACGUAAUACUCAGGCUUCUUCCAUAGUGAUUGGAUUUUGCUGCAUGGUUAAUAUCUUAUUAGGCAAAACCUCGUUGGUCUAUUAACUGUCUACUGGUAGAAAAAGAGCAGUAUAGACUUCAAUCCUUAAUUUGCCCACUGAGAAAGAUGAGCUGUAGUGAGAAUCUGAAAGCCAAAUUUUAUGACUAAUGACUCCUCCUCUUAGAGUUAAUGAAAAUGAAGUCCUCUUUGGCCGAUUUGCUUGUAGUCACCACCAGAUGGAUUAGAAUAACCUUGGUUGGUCAGACCGCAUGCUGCCGAUUUGUCACAUGAUUAAUUGCCUUAUGUGGCUCUCUACAAGUCAGUCAUUUGUAGGAUCCAACUUACAUGUGGGUUUAGAAAAGUGCAUAUGCAAGUUUUCAAAGCCAUGGAAGGUUUUGGUCAGUAAAGCUGAUGUAAGAGCCCUACAGAAAGAAUAGUAGAGUUUCGCAUUUGAUUGGUUUGGGAUAGACAGUACUUGGGACUUUGGGCCUGCCUUACAUUAAUUUUUAUGGCCUCAUUAAAUGAGCGAAGAUCUGAGUGGCUGUUGUAUGCCAGGCAUUUUGCUGAACUCUGGGAAACAGGAAUAGGACAUGGUUCUUGCUCUGAAGGAGUAAAUCAUUCUUCAGCCAGAAGUGGUCGCCUGAUCCAGAAUU